CACAAAACAAAUCCACGAUUCAGUCCCCCAUUUGUUUUUUCCACUCUUUUUCGCUGGAUUGAUGCUGCUCGGCUCGAAUCUGCGGCGCUCGGCUGUCGCUGCGGCUGGCUACUCGCGUGGAUCGCACUUGGCACCACUACCACUCCAGAUCAGCGCCGGUGCUGCUGCUGCUGCUGCUGCUGCUGCGGCUGCGGUGAGCGUCGCUGCUGUGCGCGGACGGAGCUCGCUGCCUCAAGCAACAAGCACGUCAGGCCCCGCCGCCGCUCAACCCGUGUCCCAAGAUCCUCAGGCUACUUCUACUUCUUCUACUCCUGGCAUUGCAGUCAUGGCGGCUGUGGCGGGGUCGCUCAGUCGCCGACUCGCGCAGGCCGCCGACCGCAUGCUCGCGUCGCUCUACCUCAUCCCAGCAGCAGCAGAAGAGCAGGGUCGCGGGCCGCAUCGCCUGGACUUUGCGCUGGCAGCAUCAUCCGAGUCGCCGUUGGCAGCAGAAGAGCACGAGCGAUCGUCGCUAACAGAGUCUGUCAUGGACGUCCUGCGAGAGGGCUUCCUCUGGGCACUGCCAAAGCGCAAGACAACCCCAGCGCGCAAGGCUCGCCGUUCUACGCACAAGGGCCUGGAGCCAGUCGCUCAAAUCACGACGUGCAUGACCUGCGGACGGCCAAAGCACACUCAUAUGUUGUGCGGCGCGUGCUUCCGCACCACCCAGCUGCCCGUCCGUGAAUUCCGCCGAGAGGAGCUAUACAAGCAUAUUGUCACAAAGAGCCGCGGCCUCAAGGCAUGGAUUGAGCGAGGGUAUCUGACGGCCAAGGCCAAGGCCACGGUCGCUCAAGCAGCUGCAGCUGCCCCUGCGCCACGGCCGACUUCUCCCUCGUCGGCAAAGCAAGAAGGCGAGCAGUAAUGGUCGCUGUGCUCGUCGCUCACGCUUGUAUUCUGAUUGGCGUCAUUUUCUAUGUGUGCCUGUGUGCUGUGUGUCGAACAAAAUGUACUUUGUGCCUUGUUGGAGA